ACAAACAGCUCAAGACCAGUAGAAACAGAAGGCUCGAGAUAACAUGAAUAAAUGAUUUAUGGACUGUGAACAGAAAUAGACGACAAUGUAAACAUGUCAAGGCAUGGCCUACAUUUUAAUAAGCUCUACAUUGCAGAGCCAAGUAUGUUAAGUUCUUGUGGGCAAAUGGUCAAGGCAACAUUUCAGUGACAGCAAGCCCAUGCAUUUUAGAAAUUCUUUAGAAGUGCAUCGACUGUACAAACACACCAAUCCUAGUGACCAUUAGAAAACAAGAGAAGGCAAUUUCAAUGUGCACUUAUCGUUGCAACUUCAGUCUUCCCCUCAUCCCCGCCCCCUCUUGUUGACCAAAAACUAGCCAGCAUGAAGAGUAUCGUGCGGAGAGGCUAGCAUCCAAGCUACAGGCUACACCCAAACCCUUUUCGGCCUCAACUUCGCUGGUUAUUCGAUUCCAAAGGUAUGUACACAGCUCUUCUUUACUGUACAAAGCACUAACUCGUAUGCCACCAAGGCCCUCCAAACAUGUUUUGGCACUCUAUACAAAGAUCUUUCCGCUUACACAAACUUCCCGCUUUUUUAACGUAGGCAAAGGAACUCAUAGCAUGCUAGCAGUUGAUGCACCCGUUUAACAUGGGGCCAUGCUAGCUUGCAGUGGCUGGCGAGAGGAAUGCGCCUAGCUAACCAGCUAACUUUGGCUUAGACCGUGUAAUCGCUACCAGUCAACAUCAGGAUACGGGACCAAGUUAACGGAUUCUCUUGAGAAUGCUGCUAAUAUUUACAAGCCGAAUGGCAAAGGUGUAAUUGAGAAAUGGACAAACAAAACCUUUAAGUUUCUGUAAAGUUAUCGUCUUCCCGGACCACAAUAAGGACCAUCCAAUAUUACGCAUUACUCGAAGGGAAUUUCAAAGGGGAUGUCAAAAACUGAAACAGAAGAGAUGAUAGAAAUUGAGAUUGAUGGACAAGAGAAGCAGGACUGUGUGGAGGAAGGAGUGGAGGAGCAGACUAUCACGUCGGAGCUCAUCACGCAGGACAUUGAUAUCAAUGAGCCAGUGGGGAACCUGAAGAAGCUGCUGGAGCCCCGCCUCCAGAUCCCCCUGGACGGAUAUGAGAUCUGUCUGCAGGACAUCCUGUUGUCGGCAGACCACAGCCUGUUCGAUCAGGGUGUAAAGACAGAUGGCACUGUCCAGCUGAGUGUACAGAUCAUCUCCAGACCAGAGGAGCAGAAGCUGAACAUCCUGGAGAUCGUGAAGCCGGUGGAGACGGUGGAGGUGGUGAUCGACCCGGACGCGGCGGCCGGAGAGGAGGCCCACCUGAUGGAGGACGGACAGGUCAUCGCCGUGGAGCGAGCGACCAUCGCUGACGACACCUCGGAGCAGGUGACCCGCUGGGCCGCCGCCCUGGAGGGCUACCGGAAAGAGCAGGUCCGGCUCAACAUCCCCUACGACCCAGUUCAGUGGACGGCUGACCAGGUGAUCCACUGGGCGGUGUGGGUGAUGAAGGAGUUCAGCAUCGAGGAGAUGGAGGUGGGCAGCAUCCACAUCCCCGGCCGAGACCUCUGCAACCUCAGCCAGGAGGACUUCCUGCACCGCGUCCCCAACGGGGAGAUCCUCUGGAGCCAUCUGGAACUGCUGAGGAAAUAUGUGUUGGCGAGUCAGGAGCAAGCCGUGCAGGAGGCCACGGUUACCAUUGACCAGCCGGUUCAGAUCAUCCCCGCCCCGGUCAUGCAGUCCACACCUACGGCCAUCAAGGUGCUGAAGCAAAGCAAAGGGCCCCGAGCACCGCGCAUCAGUGGAGAGGAGCGCAGCUCACCUGGCAACCGCACAGGUAACAACGGCCAGAUCCAGCUGUGGCAGUUCCUGCUGGAGCUGCUGACGGACAAGGAUGCGCGGGACUGCAUCUCCUGGGUGGGCGAGGAGGGCGAGUUCAAGCUCAACCAGCCCGAACUGGUGGCUCAGAAGUGGGGCCAGCGCAAGAACAAGCCCACCAUGAACUACGAGAAGCUCAGCCGGGCACUCAGGUACUACUACGACGGGGACAUGAUCAGCAAGGUGCAGGGCAAGCGCUUCGUCUACAAGUUUGUGUGCGACCUGCGGACGCUGAUCGGCUACAGUGCGGCGGAGCUCAACAGCCUGGUGACGGAGUGCGAGCAGAAGAAGAUGGCGCGCGUCCAGCUGCACGGCCUGGGCCAGCCCGUUACCACGGUGACACUUGCCGCCGCCGCCCAGGACAGCUGAGCUGCCGAGGGAGAUGGAGGACGAGGAGGAUGAUGAUGAUGAUGAUGUAUGAAGAGCUUUGAAGAUCAUUGGCCAUUAGGAGUGUCACUCACUGACUUUCUCUCUCUCUCUCUCGGCCAAUCAGGAGACUUGAAGAGGGCUGGAUCAAAUGAUGAAGAUGAAGAUGAUAAAGAUGGUGGUGACUUGGAGGGGGGGCGGGGUCAAAGGAGUGUUUGUUACGAGCAGGUUACAAACAGCUUCUGGAAGGACUCUGGGGGUGCGUGAUUGUGUGUGUGUGCGCGUGCGUGUGUGAAGAUGGAAGGAUGAAUGUGUGUGUGAGCGAGAGAGAGAAGAUGGAUGGUUGAAUGUGUGUGUGUGUGUUUGAGCAUGUAUGUUGCUGUAUGUAUGUAUGUGUGUGUGUGUCUUUUCUUUGUCCAUGAGUUUUCUGGGAGCAUGCAUGUGUGUAUAUGUGCUUGAUCGAGGGGCUGCAUAGAUGUCUGAGCUACACAUGCGUGUGCUUCUGGAUUACGGUAUGCUUGUUUCAUGACUGCAGGCUAGCACUAGCUGCAUUUCCAACUGUAUAUAAUCUGUGUUUUUUGAUAGCCAAUGAGGGCAGUGUAUUUUGAUAUUUUUCCAUUUGUAAAGCUUCGACUUCUCUCUCUCUUCCCCCCUUUUCCUCCUUUUUUUAUUAUGUUGAGUGCUAUUAUUCCCUGCAGGGGUGAAGGCUGCUGGCCUGGACACUAGGGGGCAAUAAAGAAAGAAGUGUUUUUUUGAA